CCCCCCCCCCCAGAGAGAGAGAGAGAGAGAGAGAGAGAGAGAGAGAGAAUGGGGUCGGAGACAUUCUUAGAGGUGAUACUGGCCAUUUUGCUACCACCCGUUGGGGUUUUCCUUCAUUAUGGCUGUGUGGUUGAGUUCUGGAUCGAUUUGUUGCUGACAAUACUGGGCUACAUCCCUGGAAUUAUAUACGCCCUCUACGUCCUCGUUGGAUAAGUUUCUGUAGGUGUAGGCAAUUACUUUCAUUUCCUUACACUCACCCUAUUUUAAAAUUUCGGAUAGGGGACUGAGUGAUUAUAAGGUGAAGGGGAAUGAUAGUAAUUGACCCUAUCACUAUCACGCGUCACUCCUCCUCGGGACGACUUGUACAAAUCUGGAUUUUUUUUUUUUUAAAUUUAAUUAAGUAGGUAGAUGAAGAUAAGAUGCAUGUUUAGUCUAUUAUAACUAUGAUCUUUUGCUUUUAAAUGUGUGGAUGCGUUGAUUAUUACAGGAUUGAUGCAUAAUUAGAAGGCUAUUGAGGGAUAUAUAUAUAUAUAUAUAUAUAACUUAAUCUGUC